AUGUCACAGUUUUUAUGGCAGGUUGCAGAUAUGCUUCUUGAAGUGGGGGCUGUGGAGCUUCUAGACGUCCCAGACUGUGCCGGAGUCACUCCAAUUGAGUUGGCCAUGCGGAAGAAGAACAGGUACUUGGUAGCUUCCUUCCACAAGUGCCAGAUCUUGAACUUUCUGCUGGGUAGGCCGUACCUGUCCCACAAUCAGUUUGCAAAUCUUUUUGUGUGUUUCAUCGCAUACAACGUUGUGGUGUUCGCCUUUGUCAUAGCACCAGGAAUCGCUGCCAGAAAUCCGGACGCGGUCAUGAUCUGGUCAACGCUAAUGGGAUUGUCACUGCUUCUUUGGGUGCAGUGCUGCUUCUCCGAUCCUGGCUGGCUGCAGCCACGCACCAUAAACUCGCAGCAUCACCUGCUUGGCAAUGAUCCAGCCAGGACUUUCGAUGCUGAGCAACCCAUCGAGUCGCAAAUGGCUCAUUGCGAUAGUGUUUUGCAGGAGCUGACCUUGACAGGCGACGGUGAGGCGCCUGAGGUCAUGAAGCUCGAGCUGGAGCAAAACAAGUACAACUACCAGAGGCAGCUCUUGCGAGAAGCAAGGAAGCGCCUGGAAAAAGGCUGUGGCAUGGGCGAUCCUAGAAGCCCUGCUUUGGGCGAACUGCAGCCACUCAUUGCCUCAGGCUACAAGGAGGGCAGUGCAUCUCGGCAGGCCCAACUGGAUCGUGCAACUGUGACCCUGUACGAGCGUGAGCGAUCUACAGGGGAAAGCCUCGGUCGUGCACGAGUUGAGCAGCUCCUUGCACAAGGGUGCGGUGAGUACCUCACAUUGGUGGAGAAAGGCGAAUUCAAGCAGGUGUGCAUCAUCUGUCGGGCGCGACGGAAGAUGCGAUCGCAUCACUGCAAGGAUGCGGGCAUAAAACUGUGGACGCAAUAUCUUGUAUUACCUGUAUUACCUGUAUUACCUGUAUUACCUGUCAUGCCCAGAGACUCAGAUUUGACUGUUCUGCCGACGAGGGAGGAGUAG